CAACAAUCUGGAAGCAAUUCUCUACCCAACAAAAACUAUUAUUAUUAUUUUGUAAUCUUCUGCCGGCGCCGGUUUGUUCGGUUUCUUUUAUACAGUUAGAUAAUCCACAUCAUUAGAAUUAAAUUAAUGAUCGACUUUGGUGGAGAGAAAGGAAUGGUGGACGAACCAUAAGUAUCGAGUAGGAAUAAUAAGAAUAAUAGUAUAGGAAUCGCAGCGAUUGUAACAACCAUUGUGCGGUGGAAAAUUGAAAUUGUAACAAUCGCAUCCACGAAAAAAGGUGGCUAAAGAUAGGAAUAUGGGUAAAAAGCAAUCGUUACGCAGCAAAGCAGCUCACUUUGUAUCUGAUCUCACCACUGUUCUUCUCAACCCGAUCUCUGAUAACCUAACCAACAGCAACAACAACAAACCCUCUCCUCCUCUUGAGGAAGCGGGUGAAUUUGAAUCUGAAUCAAGAGGGAGUGAAUCAGAGGGUAUCCGUGAUUUAGUUGAUGGGCCUGAUACUUCGUCAUUUGCUGCAUUCCUCUAUUCUUUUUUGUCUUCCUCGGAUUCUGAUGACCAUGCUGAUCCGGAUGGGCAGGUUCAUCAUGAUAUAAUAACUGUUGCGGAUGAUCCUUUAUCAGACCUAGCCAUGAAGGAAAACGUUGUCCUUAAGAAGAGUUUGUUGUUUACUGCCAUUCACCAAGCCGCUAGCAUGGGUGGUUUUCUCGGCAACAAAAGGAAGCAUGAUGAUGGGAACCGCUCUAACUCUUCUGAGGUAGAGAUGGGGCAGAUUCAGCUUGUCGAGAAGCAGCCUGUGACGGAUUUGGUUGAUGAGCCCCCUGAAACUUCGGAGCCUUCCAUGCUCAUCUCGGCUGCUGUAAGGAAUGCCAUGUAUGCUUCGCUUCCUAGUCUUGUUCAAGGGAGAAAAUGGAUGUUGCUAUACAGCACCUGGAGGCAUGGUGCAUCACUUGCAACUCUUUAUCGAAGGAGCAUGCUUUGGCCGGGAUUGAGUUUGUUGGUUGUUGGUGACCGUCAAGGAGCAGUAUUUGGUGGCCUGGUUGAAGCACCUCUUAGACCUUCCACCAAGAAAAAGUACCAGGGUACAAACAGUUCAUUUGUUUUCACAAAUACCUCCGGUCAUCCUGUUAUAUAUCGUCCAACAGGAAAAAAUCGCUACUUCACGCUUUGCACCAGUGACUUUCUAGCUAUUGGUGGAGGAAGUAAUUUUGCGCUUUAUUUGGAGGAUGAUCUAAUGCAUGGAUCAAGUUCAGUCUCAGAAACCUAUGGAAAUCCUUGCCUUGCACAUUCUAGAGAGUUUGAAGUGAAGGAAGUUGAGUUGUGGGGCUUUGUAUUUUCUUCACAGUAUGAGGAAAUAGUGGCAUUGAGCAAAACAGAGGCACCUGGGAUCUGUCAUUGGUGAAUAUCUCUGGUGUUUACAAGAUGUUAGUCUGAUAAAGCCUUGCUGUUUGUGUUCUAUUGGAUGGUUGUGUUGAGUCAUAAAACCAACAAUGUCCUGCUAGUACUGGGAUUGUGAUGGAGAAGUAUUAUGCGUCCACCCAUGUUAUCCAGAUGUAAAUAUUUGCAAGAACAGUACAGUGGUUCUUCUCCUUCACAAAAAUUGUCAAUUUUGUGUUUUCACACUUAAAAGGUGAUGGAGGAAAACUAAGGAUAGAACUCGUAUAGCUUGGCUAUUUUUUGAGUCUAGAACGGGAAUGUUAAUCGGGGAGAAGGUCUUAGGCAUUCAUAAACAGGGAUCCUUUGGUGGCUAAUUUCUAUUAUCCAUAGUUACUGUUGGCUAAUUGGCUUA